CUGCUCUUCCUUUGUCUUCGGUCAACAGUAACAUAGCUUCCGCCGGCACCCUGGUGACCAACACCACUGGAAGUGGUCGUCGUUAACCUGGGCCCCGACCGAUCUGAUUUCAGGACGCUGUGCAGCGUGUGUGCUACAGCGAGUGUUACGCAACAAGCAGACUUCUGGGAGAUCCGGAUCCAGCCCAAGUGUAAUACUAAUCAUCAGGAUGGAGAUGCCACCUCGGCCAAAACUAUAUGACUUCCAUGGAGUCUCCAUGACCAGGAUGUUCACUGACAACUGGGACAACAUACAGAACUUCAAAGCAAGACCAGAUGAUAUUGUCAUUGCUACUUACCCUAAAGCAGGAACCACGUGGGUCUCUUACAUCCUAGAUCUUCUGUAUUUUGGGCACUUGGGUCCAGACCGUCAGACAUCCCUCCCUAUUCAUGAACGAGUGCCCUUCCUGGAGCUCUGCGUACCUCCUAUGCUUAUAGGUGCAGAAAUGGCGGACAAACUUCCCACCACUCCUCGUCUCAUUAAGAGUCAUCUACCAGUCCAGUUUAUGCCCAAGUCGUUCUGGGAGCAGGGCAGCAGGAUAGUAUAUGUGGCCCGCAAUCCAAAGGACAAUGCAGUAUCCUUUUACCAUUUUAAUCGGAUGAACAAUGCUCAGCCAGAAGCAGGAGAAUGGAGCACCUUUCUGCAGGAUUUCAUGGAAGGAAAGAGGGUUUUCGGAUCAUGGUAUGACCAUGUGAACAGCUGGUGGGAGAAGAAGCAAAGUUAUUCAAAUCUUCACUACAUGUUCUAUGAAGAUUUGAUUGAGGACUGUGGACAGGAAAUAGACCGACUGUGUUCCUUCCUUGGUAUUUCUGCUUCAGCUGAAGAGAAGGAAAGAGUCAUAACCAGUGUGGCGUUUGACAGCAUGAAGCAAAACAAGAUGACCAACUAUUCCACAGUUCCAGUGAUGAACCAAGAGGUGUCUCCUUUCAUGAGAAAAGGAAAAGUUGGUGACUGGAAGAACCACUUCACUGUGGCCCAGAAUGAGCAGUUUGAUGAAGACUACAAGAAGAAGAUGAAGUAUCCUGAUUUAAAGUUUCGCUUUGAAAUUUAGAGUCCUGGCUGGGUGUAAUAUAGUCCUCAGAAGUAAUAUGUGAUUAAAUAUUUAACAAAUAAUCAAAUUAUAAGUUUAAAAAAAACACAAUUCCCUUAUAUUGUGAUGCUGAUGUGUACAAAUCAGAUCAUUAAAACAAAUGUUUAUUAAGAAUAAAGAUUCUCUCUCUCUCUCUCUCUCUCUCUCUAAACACACUGUGACCUCUUUGCUCAUAAGCAGAAAUUUAGUCCUUAGACGUAGCUAUGGUUUGGAUGUUUCAUAUUUUUAUUGAUACGUGAUACAUCUAAAAGAGUCCCGUGACACAGCAGGUUUCAGACUGUAACCUUUUAAUUUUCUCACCACACUGUCCCACCAGGGUGAGGCAGAUUACCUUUCUCUCAAUGUUAAACCAUGUGUUUAAUUUGACUCUUUGAUUCUAUGAGUUUCCAGUGAUGUGACCCCUCAUUUUCUUUAUGUUUCGCUUCCAAGCAGCCAGACUAUCUUGUAAUUUUGAAGAGAUCUUGAGCAGUAGUUCUGUUGUCUUUCUGGAAGUAUUUUAUUGGACAUCAGCUACUGAGGAAUGUGUUUGUUUGUGUGUUUUUGUUUUUUGAUGUUUGACCGCUUAACACUGACCUGUGAAUUAUUCAAGUAUUAAAAAGCCAUCUAACUCAAGGGAUAAACCAGUCUCUUGUCUACAGAUAACUUAUUAAAGAACUGAUUAGAAAUUGUA